AUGUCCGACUUCGAACGAAAGAUGCGCCACGAGCGCAAGUUCCACGACAUCGAGUCUAACUUACCCAAGAUCAGAGCCGACCCUGCCUCCGACAAACGUCCAACCCUCACCAACGAUCUCUUCUCACACCUCGGGCACUGGAACCCCUUCCCCCAGCAAAUAACCGCGAACGACACCGUAUGGCUGCUCGACAACACCGCGUAUCGAAGCCCCAAGACCAACGAGUGGCAGGCGGAGUUUGUGGCUGCUGUCUUUGACCAAAACUCGGGCGUGGAAAUAAGUACUGUCGUGGCAGAUGUGGCGGAGAAAAUAGGGAUCGGAAAAGGGGAUGCGGCGGAGGCUACGAUCCAGGAACGGUUGAUGCCAUUUGUGCAGAGCGUACUGCCGGGAAGAGUUGUCAAUGCAGAGUUUGCGCAGAAGGAAGUGCUGAAAUUGGGACCGGGCGGGCGGAAUGGCAUCAGUAGCGAUAUCAAAUCUAUUCCGGGGUUUGUUAGUGGAAGCGUUGUCUCGACAGUGGCAAGAGUACCGCAGGGCGCGAAUGGAAUAUUGGAGGGGAAGACAUUCUUUGCAGAGCCAGAAGGAUGGGGUCUUAUAUCUGGUAAAGAUAUCGACGAUACUAUUAAGGUUACUCAAACUAGCGACCCUAUUGGUAUUCUACGCUCCACAUUUGUUUCCGAAGCGACCCCUGUACAGGGUAUGCCAGAACUCUACACCUAUAUCCAAAGCCUCAUCACAAAAACUGCCCCAUUCUUCUACCUCUCCGCCUCGCCCUACAACCUAUACUACUUCCUCAGCCAAUUCCGUCAAAAGUUCUACCCUCAAGGAACCAUGAUCCUACGAGAUGCCAGCUGGAUGAAUUUGUCCGGUUUACUCACGAAUCUCACACUUGGCACCCAAGAAUACAAAGUCGAUCGGAUGGUCAAGAUCAAUUCAUGGGUCCCACGUCGCAGAAUGAUUUGCAUUGGAGACUCCACUCAAUCCGACCCUGAAGCCUACGGAGAAAUAUUCCACAAAUUCCCAGGCUGGGUACACUUGAUUCUCAUCCGCAAAGUCACAGACAUCGCAGCUAUUGGUCUUGAAGAGAAGAACGAGCCGAAACGGUUCGAGAAAGCCUUUGAUGGUGUUCCAAAUAGCGUCUGGCACGUUUUUGAGAGUCCUGAAGAGUGUUAUAAGAUCAUCAGUGAUGUCAUAGGGAAUAACAGCUAA